AACUGGGCAGUGCAAAGCCGUCUGGCAACACUGUUCCAUGACGCUUGAAUUUUAGCGGACAAACUAGAAAAGAAAUUACAAAAAGCCGACGCUUGCUACGAAAAUAGUUACUCCUCGCAAAAACCCAGCAGUUUUAACAAUAAACGACGUGUAAUCAAAGGCCGCUGCCACGAUGCCGCGCACCAAGAUACCAAAGAACUCCAAACGCAACCGCGAGGUGGCCAAUCGCGAGGAGAAGGUGCGCCUGUACGAGCUGAAAAUGGAUUCCCGCCUGAUCAGCAUCGAUUCGCUGGAGACCAAGUUCCUCUCCGCCGUGGACCACCAGGUGAAGACACUGCUGGGCCAGGUGCAGAAGGAGCUGGCCAACCUCAAGAUGCCCGAGGUGCUGCGCCUCUUCGAGGAACUGGACCGCUUCAGCGACUUCAAGGCCAGCGAUCAGACGCAGCUGCUCGCCUCGAUGUCCAUGAGUGGCAGCGCCACCGAGGGGCACGCCCCCUCCACCACUGGGAGUCGCAAUGACGAAGGCUACCUUACAGAGGACAGCAGCAUCGGUGCCAGCGGUGGGAGCAUCCUGGCCGCCCACACAGGCUCCCUGCUGCGGUCCACGAAGGCCAUGCGAACUCCCGGACCACUGCACUCGGCGAGGGCCCGUCGAGCCCGGCGUAGUCGUUCCGCCUGCGGGGAUCUCAACAUAUUGCACUCGGCCAAACCGCCGUCCAUAUCGAGCAGCAGCAGCAGCAGCCGCAAUUCGCGCAGCAAGCUGCGCACACCAAUGGCCUCGCGUGCGAAGGCCUUCAGUGCCGACCGCACUCCUUUGAAACAGAAGCAAAUGCGCCCAGGAUCGCCAACCACACCGCCGAUGGCAUUCCUGCGCUAUCCCAAGCCCGGCGAGGUGGCCCUAUCCAAGUACGGCAGCCCCAUGGUGGCUCAAGUAAUGCCAGACAAGUUUGCCAACGUGAACAUACCCAUUCGGAACGGAGUUCUUAGCUUGCGGCCCAAAAAACUGGAUGCCGACGAGGUGGAGUCAAAUCUGUUGGACAACCUGGACGAGGACACCCUUAACCAGAUCAAAACGCUGCACGAGAACUUGCAGAUGAUUGUUAAUAAGGCCAGCCAGGCGGUGUUCAAGUAACUGUCAUUUUAAACGCUUUUCUAGAUAUAAUGUUAUAUCAUAUAUUUUAGUACGUUUCGUUUAAGUUCAUUUUUUAUUUUACUCAUUUAGUUCAAGUAUUUUGUCUUCAUUCAUAAAAAUCUAUCGUAUUUACAUAAAUUUCAAUACAUGUUCAUAUCCAAGUGUACGGCGACUUAAAUGUAAUGUUUUAAAUACAUGCUUAACCAAAAAAAAUGAAGCGUUCAAUGAUGGUCACUCGCCUUCAAGCAAAACGACAGAAAAUCGAAAGAGAUGAAAAAGUGAGAAUCCAAUUUAAUUCUGCAAUGGAUAAAGUCGAUGAGAUGGCCAAGUUGUUCAAGCAGGAUGUGGACAAUCAAUUGGGUUUGCUUCAAGCCAGGACUGAUGCUCGCUUGCUGCAGAUGAAGUGGUCGGAUUUUAUGGCUCUAGCAAAAACAACUUAUUCCAAAUAACAUCUUUGUUAUAAUGUAAAUUUCUUAGAACCCUGCAAAUUGCAUAAGAGACAACCGCUUUUAUGUUCCCAGAUUCCCGAACGUAGCCAAUAAAAUUCUGUUAUGUUAAAAAUA